AUGGUUUCAACUAUCCCGCACAGUUGGUCUGCGCAGGACUUCAGGAGCCUGGAGCUGAUGCCGUCUGGACCCGCAGCCUUCCUCGUCUUUAUCCUCCUCUGCUGGAGCAGAGGGGCUGUGUGCUGGGGGGUGGGGGUGAUGAGCAAGGAUGAGGACAAAUCUCCCCAAACUCCCUACGUCUAUUUAUACAAUACGGGUCGUGUCUAUGAUGAUAGGCCGCUAAGAGUGGUCAGCGUUUGCCGAUUAGUAAUCUACACUUUCCCCUUCGACAUACAAAACUGCUCGCUUACCUUUGGACCAUUUUUACACAUUGCUGAAGACAUAAAGAUGAUUGAAAAGCUCACAGCUGCAGAGAUCCUUGAGGAGUCCAGACAAGUGAUGCAGACCAGAGGAGAGUGGGAGCUGGUAGAUAUCAAACAAGCUCAAACUACCCUUGAAAUCACUGCUGGAAGUUACUCUGAGAUCAAAUAUUAUAUCAUUUUGAGACGUAGGCCAGUCCUCUACGUGAUAAACCUCCUGUUGCCCAGCUGCUUCCUCAUCAUGGUGGACCUCUUCAGCUUCCUGCUGCCUCCCCACAGUGUGGACCGCUCCUCCUUUAAGAUGACCCUCAUCCUGGGCUACACCGUUUUCCUGCUCAUCAUGAACGACCUGCUGCCAACCACUGGAAAUACAACACCUCUAAUGAAUGUUUUAUUCUCAGUCAGUCUGGCUCUGAUGGUGGCCAGCCUGUUGGAGACAGUGUUUAUCACCAACAUCCAGUUCAGCUCCAGCCACUACAGAAAGGUGCCUCCCUGGCUCAGGGUCUUUGUGCUACAAUAUCUAGCUGUUAUUGUUUGUCUCCCUCCAAAAAAGAAGAGCAACCGUGUCACAGUCUCCCUUCACCAACCUGCUACAGCAAUGAAUACCGGCUUCAUUUCCUUGAGAGAUGCUCAGAGCAUGCCUGGUCUGCCAGUGACCCCCCCUCCAGAUCCCAUCCUGGAGGAACUGAGGAGGCUGAGCAGAGAUCUCGGGGCCAUCCGCCAUCAGAUGGACAAACACUUCCAGGAGAACAGUACAUUACAGGAAUGGCAAAUGAUCGCAUUAGUCAUUGACCGUCUGCUGUUUGGUUUGUACAUUGUCUUCUUCAUGUUCUGCUUUAUCACCAUUGUAGUUAUCUGGACACAGAGUAACGCAUAUGUAGGUUGA